AUGUGCUUCAAUCUGGUUGCAGGUCAAGGGGAUUUCGCCACCGUCGGAGGGAUCACUCAAGAACUCUUCCAUUUGUUCGAUGGUGAAAUUAGAUACGCCGAUUGCCCGGACCUUUCCCGAAUACACGUCUGGUGUGGUGACUUGAGUGAACACCAACUCAGUUUGCCAUUAUCGGCCCGUGAGCAGCUAGUUGGCCGAGCCCCCAAGUCCGAUAACAUUCAUGCUGUCAUUCACUGCGGUGCGCUAGUACAAUAUAACUACGAUUACAGGUCAUUGAAAGGCAUUAAUGUGAAUCCGACGGCAUAUCUCCCAAAGAUAACUGCGCAAUCCUCGACUAUCGGAAAAUUCCUGUAUGUUUCAGGUGGUAUUACCCCAAAUUUCCAUCAGCGAGAUGCCUCCACUGAUGGCGAGCCGGCAUUGACAAAUGGGUAUACUCAAUCAAAGCUUGUUUCCGAAAUAGUUGUUCGUGGAUGCGCGGACUGUCCUGCGUUUCAGGGACGACGAAUCCGUAUCAUUAGACCUGGUUAUAUGAUCGGAUCAGCUGCGAACCCAACGCCGGUACAAACCGAUUUCAUCUGGCGACUGGUAGCCGCGUACCUGAGAAUGGGAUUCUACAAUGCUGAUGCCAACUCCCAAUGGCUUUACAUCUCCGACGUAGAACGCGUUGCUAGGGUGGUCGUUACUGCCAUCUUUGAAGGAUCACAUUCCAGAAUCAUGGAUGCGGUGUGGGACGGCCUCCCAUUAGGGAGUUUUUGGGGUUCAUUGACCGCAGAUUUUGGAUACAAUUUACGACCUCUGAGGGAGUCUCAUUGGCUUGGAAACCUCAGAUCUACCAUCGCCCGCGAAGCAGAAUCGAAUCCUCUCUUUCCCUUCUUUCAUGUCCUCGAGAAGGAGCUGAAGUCGGUUGGCUCAACAGCAAAUUCCGAUAUGGACAGCGCCUCUGUCUUGGAUGCCAUUCGUGGCAAUAUCCAAAAUCUCAUCGAGGCAGGAUUUCUACCUCCGCCCCCUUCCUCGUCUGGGCAGAAUGGUGGCCGCGCUGUUGAAAACGGUCCCAAUUCGGCCGAAGCUUUCACUGAGCUGUAA